AUGACAAAUACUCCACCAUAAAAACAUAUUUAUCAAUUACUUACUUUAGAUAUUCUUCUAGCAACUCCUACUAAAUUCCCUACUAUUUUAGAUGCAUUUAAUCAAGAAAAAAUUAAUUAAUUGCAAGUUCUGUUCAACCAAAAUACUCUAGAAAAGGCUAUAAUUGAGAAAUUUCAGAAUAGGAGAGUAAAUAUAUAUAUUUAAUUAAUUUAAAAUGAUAAAGUGUACAGAAUCUACUAGAUCUGCUUAAUUAAUUAAGGCGUAUGGGAUUUGAUUAAUAUCUUAUUAAAAGAUAUUAAAAUUAUCAAGCAUUUUAUAAAAAAGAAAUUAUUUUUUCAAUUUUUGAAUUUUCUAAUUAAAAUUGA